AUGUCCAAGGCAACCACGAGGGUAAACGGAGCCCAUCAAGGGAGUUCAAGGAAGAAAGCCUCUCCCCAAACUCCCCGUUCUUCGGUCAAGUCUAAGAAGUCAAGACGUGCCGCACGACACGGCCAUUAUCCCAAGGUGAACGAGGCACUGCACCGAAGCGAAAAGGAGCCCAAGACAACCGCGAAGGUUAAGAGACCCCUUCCAGGCAGUUCAAGAAAGCAAGCCUCUCCAAGAACUCCCCGCCCUUCGAUCAAGUCUAAGCGAUCAAGAGGCCCCAUACUCUAUGGCCAUUACCACAGGCUGCACAAGGCACUGAAGCGAUAUGAAAACGAGCCCGAGGAAUAUCAGGAAAGCAUGUAG